UGUGGUUUUCCUCUUUCUUACUGUGAGUUUGGGCAGGAUUUCCUGUUCUCAGACACUUCAUGCCAUGCUUCAUACCAUUAUCACAAUUAAGAACAAAUAAAUCCUUUUCACAAACAAUACCAAAGAAGACUCUGCAUCUAUCAUCCAUCUCAGCCAUUACUUACGGCAUUAUUGCUUAUCACUUGCUUGACAAUGCUUCUGCUUCAGCCGUUGAUGGGUCUCUUGCUGAUCAGCCUUGCUCAUGGCGGCUACUGCCCCAUUUUGUUCAGUCCUGUUGAUGUGGUGGUUGAAUAUGGAGAUUCAUUUUCAGUGAACUGCUCCUCCACCGACAAAACACACCAGUUCGGCUUGAAAUGGGAGGGAUAUGACACAAUGGAGAACACUGAAGAGAUCUUCAGAAGUGUGGAUGUGACGGACUGGGAGAUGAAGCUAACUUGUUACAUGUACUCUAAUGAAACACAGUGUUCACAGGAUCUUCCCGUUACUAUUUACAAGACUCCAGACAGUGUGUCCAUCAGCAUUGUGGAUCACAGCGGACCAAUGAUAGAGGGAAAGCGGUAUGAGCUCCAGUGUGAUGUUCACGAUGUGGCUCCAGUUCAGGAUCUCACUGUCAAAUGGUACAAAGGACAGACUCUGCUGAAUCAAACCACCUUCACUGACGCUAGCAAGACUCCAGUGAAUGAAACCACCACACUCCUGAUCCGUCCAGACAGAGCUGAUGAUGGAGCUCAAUACAGGUGUGAAGCAGUGCUGGAACUGGGAGCAGAAGGACCUCAAUAUCCUAUAGAAUCUUUAGAAACUCUUAGUGCUGAAGUACACUAUAAACCAAAACACUUCAAUUCAAUAGAGACCAUCAUUAAAAACGACGAGGUCACACUAAACUGUACAGUGAAGGCAAACCCGGCUCCUACGUACACAUGGCACUCAGAGCAUCUGAAAGAGGAGAUCAGCUCCUCAGUGCUCCAGUCCUCCACAGUCCUCCUCAGUCCAGGAAACUACACGUGCACCACCACAAACUCUCUGGGAAGUGACAGCAAAGUGUUCAUCAUCAAAUCUACAGAGAGUCAAUGUCCUAUUCAACUCAUCCCACGGAGAGCUGUUGUGAGGUACGGUGACGAUGUUUCAGCUGACUGCAAAACUUCAGUCCCACAUAAAGGGAUGGGAUGGGAAGCCAGUGAGGGAGCCGUGCCCAUGACCAGAGACAGUCUGAUCACAUGGAGAGUGUCAAAUCUGAUAGAAUGGGACAUACAGCCAUUCUGCUUCAUAAACCAUGAGGAACAGUGUCAAGUAGAGCUCCCAGUCACUAUUUACAAGACUCCAGACAGUGUGUCCAUCAGCAUUGUAGAUCACAGCGGACCAAUGAUAGAGGGAAAGCAGUAUGAGCUCCAGUGUGAUGUUCACGAUGUGGCUCCAGUUCAGGAUCUCACUGUCAAAUGGUACAAAGGACAGACUCUGCUGAAUCAAACCACCUUCACUGACGCUAGCAAGACUCCAGUGAAUGAAACCACCAGACUCCUGAUCCGUCCAGACAGAGCUGAUGAUGGAGCUCAAUACAGGUGUGAAGCAGUGCUGGAACUGGGAGCAGAAGGACCUCAACCUCCUCCAAAAGAAACAUCAGACCCUCUCAAUAUCACUGUAUAUUAUGCUUCAAAAAUUACAUUUUGUAACAGCUGGUCACCAUUGACGGGGACCUCACUGGAUUCACAUCCUUUAAAUUUAUAUUCUGUGGUGGGUAACCCUCGUCCAGACAUCUCCUGGAGACACAAAGCAUCAUCAGUCAAUUCCUCUAUGCCUCUUACCAAAUUUGAUUCUGGCCAAUAUGAAAUCAUUGCCAGUAAUGACCAUGGUGAUUUCAAUUGUUCCAUAAACAUCACAGUAGAGUAUCCUCCAGAACUGAACUGCAGCGAGAGCUACGAAGUAAAAGAAAAAACAUUCUUCAAAUUUCCUUGCAUAGCCGAUGGAUUACCAAAGCCUAAAUUCUCCUUCUACAAAAAUGGAAAAAUUAUCCAGCGUGACUUUUAUCCCAAUUGGACUGAUAGUGGCCGGUAUCAAUUAAUCGCACAUAACCAACACGGAACAAUUAAUUCUACAUUCACCAUCAACAUCCUACAUGCCCCAGUGUUUUAUGUCAGCCAACAGAAUUUUGUCGUGGGAGAAGACAGCAACAUAACGCUAGAGUGCACCUCGACUGGUAACCCAGAACCUGAGAUGUGGUGGAGUUUAAAAAAUAAGAACAUCUCCACUGGGAGGCGCCACAUAACCUUAAACAUCGAGAGAGCCACGUCUUCCAAUGCUGGAGUUUAUACAUGCAGUGCCACGAAUACAUUUGGACGCAAAGACAAAAGCUUCGUAGUGGAGAUAAGAGAUGACUCUCGCAACUACUUUCCUAUUGUUGCUCUGGUAUUGGGACUGCUUGUUUUAAUCCUCCUUAUAGUGAUCUCAUUGUGGGUGAGGAAAAAUACAACAGGACUUUAUGAAGUAGGUACAGUCAGUGGAGCAGUAUGAACUGUUAAGCAAUGGGGGC